AUGAAGAUGUCUGAUAUUAAGGCUUGGGCUGAGUAUGUCAUGGAAUGGGCUGCAAAGGACCCAUAUGGCUUCCUUACAACAGUUAUUGUGGUCCUUAUUCCACUGUUCCUAGCAAGUGCUGUACUGUCUUGGAAGUUGGCCAAGAUGAUUGAGGCCAGGGAGAAGGAGCAAAAGAAAAAACAAAAACAUCAAGAAAAUAUUGCAAAAGCUAAAUGACUAAAGAAGGAUUGAAGGAAUGAACAAGCUCCAUGACCAGAGGGAAAAUCAUUUGGAAAACUACGCAG